GCUGUUCUAUCCUGCAGUACAUCGUAUAACCAGCCAGCUGUAUGUUGAUAUUGUCGUCGUUCAGCCACGACUGUGAAGCAUAAGAUGUUAAGAUUUUAAUGUCCCAUUGGAAGUUUAAUCUCCCGCGUAACUCUGUGAUUUUAUUCUCCAAAGAUUGCACGUUUGCUAGCAGAAUGGAGGAAAGUGGGGGUUUAUUCGAUCGCCUACGAAUUCUCAGAAGGCAGCCCGCCUCCUCUUCAUGCAGAUCACGGAGAUCGGGGCCUGUUCCUGAAGGAAGCAGUAUAUCCUUCGCAUCGGGAUCGUCAGGUUCAUGAAAGGAAAAAAACGAUUCUGCUAGUCCGUGGUCAGGUUCCCCAGGUGGUUCAGAAGACGGUUCCUGGAGACCAGUUCCCCCUAUACUACAUGUGACGGAACUCACCUUCUCUGAGUCACAGGCAGCAGAGAACUGGAAGGAAAGGCGGCCAAACGAGGUUUUGGCUUUAGUGAUGAUUAGUGAGAUACACCUGCUGGAGCGUGUGCUACGGAUACUGCAAGUGAGGUCUGCAGGCACAUUGCCAAAGAGGCUGAAACCACAGUGGUUUCUGUUGGAUACCGGCUUAUCCCUGAACAUCAGUAUCCCACUCAGCUGGAUGACUGAGACUGCAAUGUGUCACUUCCUGUCUGUGGCAGAGGCAGAGUUCGGGGUGGACCCAGGAAGAGUGGCAGUCGGGGGUGAUAGUGCUGGGGGAAACCUGGCAGCCAUACUGUGACAGCGUCUGGCCAAGAGAAAGAAUGGACAUCUGCUGUCUCCCUGUGCCCAGGUCCUCAUCUACCCAGUUUUGCAGAUGGCAGAUUUCAACCUGCCUUCAUACCAGCAGAAUCAUGCUGUGCCCAUAUUGUUCUGUGGCCGGAUGGCAUUCUACUUCCUGCAGUAUCUCAACGGGGACACAUCAGUGUGCCAGGAUGUGCUGGAGGGGAACCACAUCCCUGCUGAGAUGAGGCUGGCCUUCAAGGAGUGGUUCUCCCCAGAACACCUCCCUCCUGAGUGUAGGGUGCGGUGCCACCGCCAGCAUGUACACUCAGCGUUGAUUACAACAGAGGUGUACCACAAAAUCAAAGACCGUCUGGAUCCGGUGUCCCCGCUCCUGGAGGAUAACACUGUUAUUCGUCUGACCCCACCGGCCUUUAUCCUGACCUGUGUGUACGACAUGCUGAGGGAUGUUGGGAUCCUUUACAGGAAGUGGCUGCUGGACCUGGAACUGGAAGUCACAUGGCAUCACAUGCCAGACCGCUUCCUUAGACUAAUGGAAUAAAAAAAUAGGCUGGUUAACUUUCCCAUCUGCAACGUGGGCUGUAGAUAGAACUUUAAACUACGUAAAAACGCUUUGAGAAACACUAAACUGAUCAAAUCGAUGUUAAUGUCUGGUGUUUGGAUUAAAAUUAUAUAGGGAUUAUUUCGAGGUUAGAUUUUUCAUGUUCCUGGCAAGUGACUUUGUUCUGUUUACAGGCAAAGCUAAUAAACUCCUACACAACUUAGAGCAUGUUUUACUCUUAUUUUAACCUGUUAUUAAGUCAUUCAUUUUUCAUUUAUACAGAAAGAUGUAUCCAAUUAUGUUCAUUAUGAUUUAAAUGAAGACGUGUGUUGCAUGUAUGAGCUAUAUGUUAACUGCUGCAGAAUUCUCUGACAUUCAAAAAUACAGUACCAUUCUAAAGUACUGCAAGUGUUAUCACAAUGCAGGUCAUUUGCAUUCAGUUUGCCUCCACUACUGUUCCACUAUUCUGUUUCAGUCACAGAAUGUUUGCUGUAUCCAUAGCAACCGAGCUUCCUCUUCCUAUGUCACAAUGAGAGCAGGUGAAAUGCACCAUCAUCCGUUCUGUUUGAUCUAACUAUGCUCUAAUAUUAGGACUAAACCAGCUCUUAAUCGGACGUAUGUGACACCAUGUGCAGUACCACAUACAGUAUGGGAAAUCAGGAAAAGAGUUAUGAUAAAUGGACCCAACCUGGCUGGAGAAUAGAGCAGAAGUAUGCAAACAAUGUUCUUAUUGGCAACUGGGUGGAAGAGAAGUUUCAGUUCACUCGAGAGUGUAAGACAGCCAACAGCACCAACCGUGCAGACUACCAGCCACAGUGGGACCACCGGCCAGACGUCAUCCUCAGACGAGAGGCGCUGCGGAAAGCUGAGGGCCUUCCCGCUAAGCUGCUUCUCUCCCACCAUGGCACGCUGCCCUCCCAUUACCUGGUCACCCUCUAUGAUGAGAUGUAUGGGCGCCAGGGCACCUCCACCCUGCCUCCUUUGCGUUCCUGGCAUCCAGACAGGCUGGCGUGGACGCCAGAGAAGUCUGACCACCCAAGCUUGGCACCUCCAACUAACUUUGGCCUGGUGGAGUCUAGACAGGUCCGUCUGGACCAGCAGCAGUCCCCCCUCCCUGCGCUGAGUGUGUAUAGGUCAGCGUACCAGAAGUACCCACUCAGUGCUUUCUGCCAGCCCCGCUUCGCCAGUGUGCCACGAGUCCACUCCAGUAAGCUCCAUCCUGCCAAUCGAAUCAACAAGGACAUGGAUCUGAAACAACGGCCCUGCAGACAGGUCCCAGAGAACUCAGUCUCCGCCAGCCUCCUCCCUCCCCUGUCUGUUGUGUAGACACAGAGCUCGGGCCCUGAGAUGGCGCCUCACACGCUGUUUCGAUACUCCGUGCUCCAAGGCAUGAAAAAUUAAAUGAAGCAGAACAUAUGGGAUAUCAAAAUAUGUAGAAAAUUAAACAGGAGUCUCAUUAUAAUCUCUUGAAAUCUAGGCUGUGUGUGUGUGUGUGCAGGAAGGAAGGAGUGUCCGCAAAACACAUCUGAACAUUUAGGAUAAUCACAUGCUAAUUAUUUUCCUUGCACUUAAUAUUUUCAAUUCACUGUUUCGAUAUUUGCCGUUCUUGUCUAUUAAUGUUUUGUAUUAUGUGAUGUUUCAUGUUUUGUGUAGACAGGAAGAGUAGCUGCUGCCUUCGCAACAGCUAAUGGGGAUCCUAAUAAAAUACCAAAAUACCAAAUACCCUAGCCUAGAUGCUUUGGAAAUCAAAGAGAGUGUUGAUGUCAGAGCUGACCUGGGUGUCCAUAUCAGGAGCAAUGAGUGAUGCAAGGCAAACUCUGAGGGGACCUGUCUAACUCCCAUUCCAUUAGGUGUUUAAUUACAGGGAAUCAAAGUGUUUAAUUAGGAGGAAUAAAAGAUGCUUAUGUGUUUGAUGGUCAA